CAUAUAAAGUUUAUGGAGAAUUUGAGAAGGCAAACAGUCGGGAGCCGGUUGUCAUCAUCCAUGGCUUGUUGGGUUCGAAGAAAAACUGGGAAAGUAUGUCUAAAAGAAUCAACGCCGCAACUCAGAAGCCUGUAAUUGCUGUGGACGCGAGGAAUCAUGGGGAAAGUCCACACGCCGACAGCCAUACUUACCCAGAUCUGGCUUCGGACGUGUCACAUCUAAUAAGUCAAUUAUCUAUAAAACAAGCUGCAAUUAUUGGCCACAGCAUGGGAGGCAGGACUGGCAUGGUUAUAGCACUGUCUGAGCCUUCUAUAGUGUCAAAAUUAGUUGUGGUCGACAUCUCCCCAGUGUCCACAACAAGCGCCCUCAACGAGACGUUCCCGCAACUCAUAGACGCCAUGAAAAGCAUUCAUUUUAAAAACAUAACCAACGUCGUCAAAGCCAGAGCUGUCGCUAAAGAGAAACUGGUGGCAUCAGGGGUAAUAAAAGACGAUUCUAUUGGAUAUGUCCUGAUGAACAUAGGUAUAAAACCAGACAAAUCAAUUGGUUGGAUAAGUAACGUAAACGUGCUGAAGGAAUAUUCAACGGAGAUAGCGAGAUUUCCAAGCGAGAUGUCUGGAAAACAAUAUAGCGGUCCAACUCUGUUCAUUGGGGGCGGAAAGUCUAAAUUCUUACCGCCAGGCGAUCUAACGGGAAUUAAGAAAUACUUUCCGAAUGUAAACCUCAAAUACAUUGAAGGUGUUGGUCACAACGUGCACGCGCAAGCUCCUGAUGAAUUUCUUGCUCUAAUAAAAGAUUUUCUAUCAACUUAA